AUAACGCUCGCCCUUUAUUAAGACACAUCUCCGCACAUAGCCUUCAUUCGUAGCCUUACGGGGGAAAGUGACUUAUUUCAUUGCUGUACCACCGAAAUAAACGAAUGACCGGAGCUUCAGUCGUGCGUUUGUUGGCGCUCGCAGUUGGAUGUUCAGCUGUCAGCGCACAACUUGACUGCAUUUUUGAAACCGACUUCUGUCAGUGGACAAAAGAUCAAGGACUCGACAAAUUUGACUGGAUGCUGAUAGACCAAAUCGUAGUUACUGGACCGAGCGGCAAGGGACACUACGCCUACGUCGAUUCUUCCGUUGGUGGAUAUGGAGACAACGCACAGUUGAUCAGCCCGAAGUUGACGAUCGCCAAGGGUCAGUCCAAAUGUCUCGUCUUCCACUACAACAUGUACGGAGAGCACGUCAACGCCCUCAACGUGUACGAGAAGACCAACGAGAAGAAACUCAUCUGGACGCGCCAUGGCAACAUGGGAACCAACUGGAUGGAGACAAGAAUCAACCUUCCUGAGGCUACAGACUUUCAGGUUGUGAUCGAGGCUGUUAGAGGACAGGGAGAGAAAGGUGUCAUCUCCAUCGACGACACGAAAAUUAUCAACGGGCCCUGUUCUCUGCAAGUGACGCCGACGAAAGCUAAGCCUCCGUCAGCAACAACUCCAGGCAGCAGUACAUUAACUACAUCAACUACUCUGAGGAGGUCCACUGUUCAACAAUCGUCCAAGCCUGUCACCUGCAGUUUUGACAACGAUAUGUGCACCUGGAUUCAAAUGAAGAACGACGACUUCGACUGGACGCGAUAUCAGGGAUCCACAUCAUCCAUGGGGUCGGGGCCCCAGAGGGACCACACAGCAGGCAAUGGAUUUUACCUUUACGCAGAGGCGAGUGGACAUACGUCAAACAAGACAGCCAGAAUUCAGAGCAAGACCAUCACCCCUCGCAUGGUGACCAAGUGUCUGUCCUUCUGGUACCACAUGCACGGCGACCACAUCGGCACACUCAACGCUUACAUCAAGUCCACCCCCACCAUCGGUAGCCCGGUGUGGACCAAGACAGGAGCCCAGGGAUUGAACUGGAACCAAGCACAGAUCACCGUAUCCAGAGGGCACACGCCAUAUUCAGUUGUCAUUGAAGCUGUGGCUGCUAACGGGUAUGGGGGAGACAUUGCUAUUGAUGACGUGGGUUUGGCAGAUGGAGCAUGUACAGUACCGACUGUCCACAGCGCUGUCCACCCAGGUCAGGUCGUCAGGAAAUGUGACUUCGAAGAUAAGGCAAUCUGUGGCUACACCCAGGACAAGACGGACACCUUUGACUGGACGUGGACGGCACAUACAACGACCAGCUACGGCACAGGACCUAGCAACGACCAUACAUACGGAACAACAAGUGGGCAUUAUCUGUUCACUGAAGCAUCUUCCCGUAGACAGGGAGACAAAGCACGCAUCUUGACGCCGGUCUAUUAUGACAGACAGGCAAUGUGCGCCCAGUUCUACUACCACAUGUACGGGGCUACAAUGGGAACUUUCAACGCCUAUGCUGAGGUCGGAAAUAGCACAGGUCGACCAUUAUUUUCACGUCAGGGUAACCAGGGCAACAAAUGGAUAGUUGGUCAGGCAACAAUCCCAACAUCCACUGCAACUUCCGCUUUAGGAUACCGGAUGAUGUUUGAAGGCGUCCUAGGCGCAAGCUUCAGAUCAGAUAUAGCACUGGACGAUGUCAGUUUCACCGUGGGUGCAUGUUCGAUUCCUGGCGACUGCACAUUCGAAUCUGAUCUGUGUACCUGGGAGAACACUGCCAUGGGAGAUCAGUUUGACUGGACUGAGGACGACGGUGGGACGCCCAGUUCCUUUACUGGACCUUCUGUUGACCACACCCUCGUCACGCCAGAAGGCAAGUACCUCUACAUUGAAACCUCGGCCCCACGACUGACCGGAGACAAGGCGUGGCUGGUCAGUGAAAGUUUCCCUCCCGUGACAUCCAGCGGCAGGUGCAUCAAGUUCUGGUACAGCAUGUACGGGGAUUCGGUCGGUACUCUCAACGUCUACAUCAGAGUGCCAGGGCGAGCUGACGAUAUGAUCUGGCAUCAAUCUGGUAACCAUGGCGACGCUUGGUUCAGUGGUCAGGCACCAAUCACAGAGAAGACAAAUAGUUAUACCAUCGUGUUUGAAGGGAUCCGUGGAAGCAGUUACACUGGAGACAUCGCAAUUGACGACAUCAUCUUCACGACGUCGAACUGUGGAAUUUUUCCCAGUGCAGCUAGACCAACAGUGACCCAGGAACCAACCACUCGAAUAACAAACGUAACCAAAACAACGCCGAAAUCAACACAGAGUGCUGCACCAACCCUGAAACCUUCAGGAACAACAGUGGGCUCCUCGUCAAAUACCACCGCUGAUAAAUGUAACUUUGAGACCAAUGACAUCUGUGGAUUCACUCAAGACCAUUCUGACACGUUCGACUGGACAAGGAUGCGGGGGUCAACCUCUUCCUCCGGCACUGGACCUGCCAGUGACCACACUUAUGGGACAAUGUCAGGUUACUACAUGUAUAUUGAGACCUCCGCUCCAAGAAGAGCCGGUGAUGAUGCUCGACUGAUUUCCUCCGUGUUGUCUGGACCCACCACACCAUCAUGCGUCACGUUCUGGUACUACAUGUAUGGAUCCUCAGAGGGUACUCUGAAUGUCUAUGUCUUGAGAAAUGGUGCCAGGGGUUCUCCUAUUUGGCACUUGUCAGGAAAUCAAGGUAACUCAUGGAUGAUGGCCAUGGUCUCUCUCACGACUGUGUCAAGCAACACGCCUUACCAAAUUGUCUUUGAGGGCAUCGUGGGAAGCAGCUAUUUGGGUGAUAUUGCGAUCGAUGAUUUCAGCUUGACAGCAGGUGCCUGUUCAACAAGUCCUAUUCCCAAUUCAGCUAGACCGACUUUGACCCAGGAACCAAUAACUCGAAAAAUAUCCACAACCAGAACAACGCUAAAAUCAACACCCAGCAACAAAUCAACACCGAAACCUGCAGGAACAACAGUGGGCUCCUCGUCAAAUACCACCGCUGAUAAAUGUAACUUUGAGACCAAUGACAUCUGUGGAUUCACUCAAGACCAUUCUGACACGUUCGACUGGACAAGGAAGCGGGGGUCAACCUCUUUCUACGGCACUGGACCUGCCAGUGACCACACUUAUGGGACAAUGUCAGGUUACUACAUGUAUAUUGAGACCUCCUCUCCAAAAAGAGCCGGUGAUGAUGCUCGACUGAUUUCCUCCGUGUUGUCUGGACCCACCACACCAUCAUGCGUCACGUUCUGGUACUACAUGUAUGGAUCCUCAGAGGGUACUCUGAAUGUCUAUGUCUUGAGAAAUGGUGCCAGGGGUUCUCCUAUUUGGCACUUGUCAGGAAAUCAAGGUAACUCAUGGAUGAUGGCCAUGGUCUCUCUCACGACUGUUUCAAGCAACACGCCUUACCAAAUUGUCUUUGAGGGCAUCGUGGGAAGCAGCUAUUUGGGUGAUAUUGCGAUCGAUGAUUUCAGCUUGACAGCAGGUGCCUGUUCAACAAGUCCUAUUCCCAAUUCAGCUAGACCGACUGUGACCCAGGAACCAAUAACUCGAAAAAUAUCCACAACCAGAACAACGCUGAAAUCAACACCCAGCAACAAAUCAACACCGAAACCUGCAGGAACAACAGUGGGCUCCUCGUCAAAUACCACCGCUGAUAAAUGUAACUUUGAGACCAAUGACAUCUGUGGAUUCACUCAAGACCAUUCUGACACAUUCGACUGGACAAGGAUGCGGGGGUCAACCUCUUCCUCCGGCACUGGACCUGCCAGUGACCACACUUAUGGGACAAUGUCAGGUUACUACAUGUAUAUUGAGACCUCCGCUCCAAGAAGAGCCGGUGAUGAUGCUCGACUGAUUUCCUCCGUGUUGUCUGGACCCACGACACCAUCAUGCGUCACGUUCUGGUACUACAUGUAUGGAUCCUCAGAGGGUACUCUGAAUGUCUAUGUCUUGAGAAAUGGUGCCAGGGGUUCUCCUAUUUGGCACUUGUCAGGAAAUCAAGGUAACUCUUGGAUGAUGACCAUGGUUUCUCUCACGACUGUUUCAAGCAACACGCCUUACCAAAUUGUCUUUGAGGGCAUCGUGGGAAGCAGCUAUUUGGGUGAUAUUGCGAUCGAUGAUUUCAGCUUGACAGCAGGUGCCUGUUCAACAAGUCCUAUUCCCAAUUCAGCUAGACCGACUUUGACCCAGGAACCAAUAACUCGAAAAAUAUCCACAACCAGAACAACGCUAAAAUCAACACCCAGCAACAAAUCAACACCGAAACCUGCAGGAACAACAGUGGGCUCCUCGUCAAAUACCACCGCUGAUAAAUGUAACUUUGAGACCAAUGACAUCUGUGGAUUCACUCAAGACCAUUCUGACACAUUCGACUGGACAAGGAUGCGGGGGUCAACCUCUUCCUCCGGCACUGGACCUGCCAGUGACCACACUUAUGGGACAAUGUCAGGUUACUACAUGUAUAUUGAGACCUCCGCUCCAAGAAGAGCCGGUGAUGAUGCUCGACUGAUUUCCUCCGUGUUGUCUGGACCCACCACACCAUCAUGCGUCACGUUCUGGUACUACAUGUAUGGAUCCUCAGAGGGUACUCUGAAAGUCUAUGUCUUGAGAAAUGGUGCCAGGGGUUCUUCUAUUUGGCACUUGUCAGGAAAUCAAGGUAACUCAUGGAUGAUGGCCAUGGUCUCUCUCACGACUGUGUCAAGCAACACGCCUUACCAAAUUGUCUUUGAGGCCAUCGUUGGAAGUGGCUAUUUGGGUGAUGUUGCGAUCGAUGAUUUCAGCUUAACAGCAGGUGCCUGUUCAACAAGUCAUGUUUGAAGAAAGCGAAGAUAGAUGCAACGCCCCUCUGAGAGAUAUCGCUUUGGACGACCUUACUAUUGUUAAAUGAUGCUGUUAUCGUGCGAUGCAGUUCAAAAAUAAACAUCUUGAUUAAAAAAA